GGAAGAGAGCGAUUAAGCCCCCCAAAAUGUUCUUAAUACACCCCUAUCUCCAGCCACACAAAAAAAACCUAUUAGACCUUUAUUAUUCAUCAGAAAUACACUCAUUGUCCGAAGCACAGUGAAGCCCAAAUAAGCAGACGUAGUCUAGCAGAAACCAAUCAAUAGAUAGUUGCAAAUUAUGAUAAAGUGUUUUUUAAUUGAAAUUAUAUGCCAAGAGUAUUUGUGCUGUUGUUAUUAUCGAACCAAAAUUGAUAUAUUUAUGGAUAGACACGCAAAUAAUAAUGAUCAUACACGUGUGAAGAAAUAAAGAAAGAGUACAUGAUUUCCAUUUAAAUCAAGUAUCAAGUUGUUCCCUAAUUCCAUUAAGUCUCAUAAGGAAGAAAGGCAUACACAAAACAAAUCAUGCAAUGAAUCAUUUUGUAGUUUAACAUGUGUGAAUCAUCACACAUCAUUAGUUUAUGUGCUACAUAAUAAUAUUUUCACUUUCCUGGUCUUCUAUGGCUGAUAGUAAAAUUGCAAACAACAACAGCAUGUGUAUAUUGACCCGUACACAUUUAUUUAAUUUUGACCUCAUUAACGUAUUAAAAAUAUUCAUUGUUUUACCAGCAAAAUAGACGACAACGUCGACGACGCACAUUGAAAUAGUGAUUUCUUUCAAUUUGCAUAAAAUAAAUGAAUUAAGUAAGAAAUACUGUCUUUUUUCCUGCUGUCGUGUAAUCAACACUUGAUUUAAUUUAAAAAAUGAAACUUUACGAUGAUUCACAGCAGGUUUCGUAAUUAUUAGACAAGCUAGCUUAAAAGUUGUCAUUGAAUCAGAGACAAAAGUGCAUUUUACAUGCUUUUAUUUGGGUCAGUUGGCAUUUAUGACUAUUGACAUUUGUUUUUGUUAUGAAUAAUGGAUUGAUUGUGGAGUUCAUUAUCGAUUGAUAAGCUUUGAUUUUCUUGUGACAAAUAAAAUAAAGAAUUUUACAGAUUUUGAGAUUUAACGGCUUUUUAAAAUUGAAAUUUAAAACCACAAAAAUGUUAUCAAACUGCUUUUAUAUGGUUUUGGAGCACUCACAGAACAUUUGAGACUGGGGUACAACCUUCUAGGCAUGACAUAAUUUAAAAGACAUCAGAACUAAUUCUAGUAAGUCAAUCAAAUAAAUUUACAGAGCACAUUCUUAACAGUAAUGCGCGAAAAUUGUAGAAAAUACUACGUGGAAAAUCAAGAUCAUUGAAGAUCCAGAAGAUCCAGAACAGCAAUCAAUCUUAAAAAAAAUAAAUAUACCAGCAAAUAAGACAGCACCCGUAGAAUAAAAUGAGGAAGCCACGAAAGAAUAGAAAACCAGUCAAAAAUAAAGCCGCUGGAUAUGAAAGUUCUGAUAAUGAAGCUACAAAUCGAAAUGCUGACUUUAAUGCACUGAGUAUCCACACAUUGAGGAAGUACCGAAAAUUCUAUAGCAUGCCGAUCGCAUCAAACCUGAACAAAAUGGAACUAGCCAGAGAAGUUAACAAGCAUUUUCCGAAAAUAGCACUUGAAGAAGAGAAGACAGUCAUCAGUUAUUUCUUACAUUUUACCAAAAAUGAGACAGUAGUUAAAGAAGAACAGCCUUAAUAUGUGAUUUAUAGAUUAUAAAGCUUUAUUUACACAAUAAAAAAGAUUCUAAUCAGGGGGAA